CCUUAAACACAUCACCACUAUUACACAAGAGAGAGAGGGGGGCAUACUAUCAUUCCAUACCUUAGCCUUUCUCUCUUAUAGCUUGCUCUCACCUUCCUCUCUUUUCUUCAUCUUCUGCCACUUCUCUCUUUUUUCUUCUUCUUCUUCUUUCCUCUUUCUUUCUUUGCAUACACAUUUUUCUUCCACUUCCUCUUCUCUUUUCUCUUUUUGUUGCUCAUACUUGCUUUGAGAACAAGAAAAAAUAAUAGAUCAAAUGGGUCGAGGCAAGAACUGGGCUUCCUAAGUGGUUUCUUGUAAAUUAUGAGGAGUUUGGGACCAUGGGAACUGGUGUUUACACCUGGAAAUGAGGGAGAGGCAACGGUGGCGAUCUGAAGAGGAUGCUUUAUUGCGGGCAUAUGUGAAACAGUAUGGACCAAAAGAGUGGCACCUUGUAUCACAGCGUAUGAACACACCCCUCAACAGGGACGCUAAGUCUUGCUUGGAAAGGUGGAAAAACUACCUCAAACCAGGGAUUAAAAAAGGAUCACUCACUGAAGAGGAGCAGCGUCUUGUUAUCCAUCUACAGGCCAAACACGGCAAUAAAUGGAAGAAAAUAGCAGCUGAAGUACCGGGUCGAACUGCUAAAAGAUUAGGGAAGUGGUGGGAAGUAUUCAAAGAGAAGCAACAGAGGGAGCAGAAAGAAAAUAAUAAGGUUGUUGAUCCAGUAGACGAGGGAAAAUACGACCACAUUCUUGAGACCUUUGCGGAGAAGAUUGUGAAAGAGCGGAGUGUCCCAGGUUUACUUAUGGCUACUUCUAACGGAGGUUUCCUCCACACCGAUGCACCAGCUCCUUCGCCACAAACUCUUCUUCCGCCGUGGCUUUCUAAUUCCACUGCUACUUCAACCGUCAGAUCACAAUCUCCCUCUGUGACAUUAAGUCUCUCCCCCUCAACAGUGCCACCUACGCCUACUCCUGGAAUUCCGUGGCUACAGACAGAUAGAGGACCUGAAAAUGCGCCCCUUAUUUUGAGCAGUUUUCCACAUCAUGGGGUUGCCCCUCCUUGCGGAGAAAAUCCAUUUGUUACUGAACUUGCGGAAUGCUGUAAAGAGCUAGACGAAGGGCAUCGUGCUUGGGCUGCUCAUAAAAAGGAAGCAGCUUGGAGGUUAAGGCGAGUGGAAUUGCAGCUAGAAUCAGAGAAAACAAGCAAAGUUAGGGAGAAGAUGGAGGAAAUUGAAGCAAAAAUGAAAGCUCUGAGGGAAGAGCAGAAGGCAACUCUAGACAGGAUUGAAGCAGAAUACAAGGAGCAACUAGCAGGCUUGAGGAGGGACGCAGAAGCAAAGGAGCAGAAAUUAGCGGAGCAAUGGGCUUCCAAACACCUGCGCCUUAGUAAGUUUCUUGAGCAGAUGGGAUGUCAAUCAAGACUUGCAGAACCUAAUGGUGGCCGCUAAAGCAAGCUAAGCCAAGAAUUCUUUUGUGUGUCCUGGCCGCCUAAGACGGUUCUUUUCAAACUGCUACGACUUUUCUUACUGUAAACUUUUUGUUUGAUCACCUUCUAUUUGGUUAACUAUGUUUUUUUUAUUCUGCAUGAUAAUUCUAUAAUAGCCUGCAACUUGUAUUUCUAGUA